AUGAGGUGUAGCUCUCACAGCCAUAUCCAUCCAUAUCAUUCUUCCUGCACCAAUGUAGCUCUUCUCACUUCCUUCACCACACUCUGCUCAUAUCAACUUCAGGCGACUCUAGUGAGGAGAAAUGGCGUCGACGGCUUCUACGCGUCAGCCUCCUCCGAGGAGCUGUCGUCGUCCUCGGGGCGGAGCGAGACGGAGGCGAGGUCCCUGAAGGUCCACAGCGAGGCCGAAAGGCGGCGGCGGGAGAGGAUCAAUGGUCAUCUGGCUACGCUCAGGAGAAUGAUGCCCGAUGCUAACCAGAUGGACAAGGCCACCUUGUUAAGCAGUGUGGUGAGCCAAGUGAGGCACCUCAAGAGGAAGGCAGCCGAAACCGCCACACAACCGCUGACGCCCAUUCCUCCGGAGGCCAACGAGAUCACAGUCCGUUGCUACACCGCCGGCAGCGACGACCGGACCACGUGCAUUCGCGCCACCGUCAGCUGCGACGACCGGCCGGGCCUAUUCACGGGCCUCGCCGGAGCGUUCCGCGGCCUCGGGCUGAGGACGCUGAGGGCGGAGUUGGCCUCACUGGGAGGAAGGGCGCACCACGUGUUCGUGCUCUGCAACGAGGACGGCGAUGUCGGUGCUGGACCUAGGGCCCUCGAGGGGACGGUGUGGCAGGCGUUGGCCCAGGUCGCCUUCCCGGAGACGGCGUUCGGUGGUACCUCGUGGAGCAAGAGGCAGAGGAUUUUGGACGCGGGCUGCUCACUCAUGUACUCCGUAUGA